CGAUUAUGGCACCCAAAAAGGCAAAGAAGCGGGCCGAAGGAGCCAACUCCAACGUCUUCUCCAUGUUCGAACAAGCUCAGAUCCAGGAGUUCAAAGAGGCUUUCACUAUCAUGGACCAGAACAGAGACGGCUUUAUCGACAAGAAUGACCUGCGGGACACGUUCGCAGCUUUAGGCCGGCUGAACGUCAAACAGGAGGAGCUGGAUGAGAUGCUGAAGGAGGCUCCGGGACCCAUCAACUUUACCGUCUUCCUCACCAUGUUUGGAGAGAAGCUUAAAGGUGCCGAUGCAGAGGAGACCAUCCUCAAUGCCUUUAAAGUGUUCGACCCCGAGGGAAAGGGGACCUUGAGGAAGGAUUUUUUGUCACGGAUGUUGACAACACAAGCGGACAGAUUCUCUCCAGAAGAGAUGGAGCAGAUGUUUAGCGCUUUUCCUCCAGACGCUGCUGGAAAUCUGGACUACAAGAAUCUGGUGUACAUCAUCACUCACGGGGAGGAGAAAGACCAAGAGUGAAUCUCUCACUUUCAACAAUGCUCAUUUAAACACCAGGGGCCUCAUGUAUCAAUGCUGCGUACGCAAAAAAACUUUGCGUACGCCAGGUUUCACGCUCACGUUUUGAUUUACAAACGAUGAAAUGAACGUGGGAAUGUGCGCUGGUCCACGCCAACUUCAUGCCUGGCGGACGCACAUUUCUUGUGUGUCUGUUUUAUUUCCAUUGGCGACUCCUAGAGGCAGUAGUGUUAAAUUGCUCUCUACAAAGUGUUUUUGAGCCGUGUAAUGGCAGCUGUAUGAGAAGGGUUUACGAGCUACGCCACUCAUGCAGCUAAAGCCACUACAAAAUUGUACACCUUUACAUUGCACUAUUUCUUUUUUAAUCCACUCAGUGCGUUGUUCAGACCCAACUGUGUUAACCGCAUCAGCUAAACUUUCCCACUCUAUUUUUUCUUUUGUUGUUAAUUCCGGAGGACAAAUUUGCAGAACCUCCAAUUCACAUUCUGUUCAAAGUUUCUCUUCUUGCUUGCUUUUACCAUUGCUUUUUCGUUGGGUUUUGCCAAAGUAUAGUAAUUAGCAUAUUCAUACGGGGGAGGAGGCAGGGAGGGGUUUUGCGCUCAUGCACAUGCGCUCAGUUUCACGUUCAUUCAGAUGUACAAAGAGAAUAUGCAGGGGCGGACUGAGACAAAAAUUCAGCCCUGGCACUGUUGCCACACCAGCCCACAUUACCACACCAACACAACCCCACCCACGGACACGCACAAUAACUAUUUAUUUUGGUGUAAAGAUGGUGAAAUAUUAUGACAUUCUUGCCCAAUUUUGAUUAUGUCCGGGUAACCUUGAAUUGGGUCGGCCCAUCUUGAAACCAGGGGGCAGUUGCCGAUUGGGCCAAAUGCUUAACAUUUAUUAUUAUUGUUAUUAUUUUUAUCAUAAUCAUCAUAAUAUCACAUCUAGCAAGAGAAAAAAGCUUUCUGCACUUAAAAACAAAAACAAAACAAAAAAAAAACUGACCGGCCCACAUUUAAAAAUUGGUCCGGCCCCUCUGGCAUUUGCCAGAAUUGCCAGAUGGCCAGUCCGCCCCUGAGAAUAUGCGUGGGAUUCGGCGUACGCAGUGUUUCAUACAUCUGAAAUUUUUAAUGCGUACGCACAUUUACAGCUUUGUGCUAACUCAAUGUUUUAGUAUGAUUUCAACGCAAGUCUUCGUACAUGAGGCCCCUGGACUUUCUCAGAUACAGUUCUGAGUGUAUGAUCUAACAAAUGUGUACAGCAAUCUGUAUUUUAUUUCUGAACUGAACCAUUAAACCAAAUCCUACUGAAAUGUA